AAGCGGAGUGUGACCUACUUUUCCCUUUAGCGUCACAUGUCCUUCAGAAGCUCCACAGUGUGAGUGAUACACAGUGUAGAGAGAGAACCUGCUCUUUAAACUAUGGCUGCUCAGGUCACAGAAUCAGAUCAAAUUAAGCAGUUCAAAGAAUUCCUCGGCACAUACAACAAACUGACAGAGAAUUGCUUCAUGGACUGCGUAAAAGAUUUCACUACCAGAGAAGUGAAGGCAGAAGAGACCUCAUGUUCUGAAAGCUGUCUACAGAAGUACUUGAAAAUGACCCAGCGGAUCUCCAUGCGCUUCCAGGAGUAUCAUAUCCAGCAGAACGAGGCUCUGGCAGCUAAAGCUGGUUUGCUGGGCCAGCCACGAUAGUCUACUGCUGCAUCUUGAUUGAACUCAAAUAUUCUCAGGCUAUCCUCCCCAUCCCUACAGGAGGGUGAAUGUCUAUUGGAACGACAAGACAAAGGACAGUGGCGAGUACCGUUGGAAGAUGUCCUCCUGUUUGGUCGGCUCCUUAGCACUGGUGGGGCAUUUGUUUGCCAUUGUCCCCCAGGAGGCAGAAGCUCACUAGACCAUGGGCAAAUGUGAAGAUAAUAGUGUUCUUUUUUUAAUGUAAUCACUGCAUAUAACAAAAAUUAAACAAACAAGUUGAGACAUUUUCAUAUCUGCUGUCCUAUUAACCUAGAUGAUUAUAACCUCAAUAGGGAGAUUUGGGCAUGUUUCAGUUUCUUGAAGUUAGUAGAGAGUAAGGCUGAGACUGAUGCACUAAGUUAGGCCAGCCGUUUAGCAUCAUCACUCAGCCAAGUUCAUAAUUCUAAAAUCAGCCAAAAACAGUGGCUACACAGACCCACAUGAAUGCAAAUCUGAAGAAAACCGUAUGGCUAAAAUGCUUUUAGUGUAUAUAUUAAGGUAUACACACUGACUGUAUUUGUGGCCUUCAGGUGAGAAUGCUAUACAGUCAUCAAGUAAAUAUCUGUGCAUUUAAA